GGGUGCAAAACCCAUUGCUCUCGUUCACAGUGGAUCGAAAAACAACCAGGCCGCUGCGCUCAGGUAUGGCAUCGUCGAUCCGCAAGCAGCUGCCCGAAGCAGCGCUGAAAGGUACUCGUCCGACGCCUAGCAACAACGCCGCCCGCCCGUACAGACUUUGAGUGAGAAUCGUAAUGAUGAACAAGGCUUGAUCUCUCCUCAUUAACCGUCUGUCUUGUGCAGCAUCACGAGUCGGACGCAAGCUGCUGUCGCAGUCAUUCUCUACGAGUCGGAUCACGUGUGGGAUGGUGACGUCUCGGGAAAGGGCAAAAGCCCAGCCUCGGACCCAUCGCUUCGCCUGCCUACGCCACAAUUGCAGGUCCUCAUGACCACGCGUGCACUGAACCUUCGAUCGCACCCCGGGCAAGCCUCUUUACCCGGAGGCAAGGCGGAUCACACGGAUGGUUGCGUGGAACGGACCGCGUUGCGCGAAAGUGAGGAGGAGAUAGGACUCGCGCAGAGUAAAUUGGGCACAACGCUCUUCUGGGUGCACACGGGAACGCCAUUCAUCUCAAAAACCUGCCUGCUUGUGCAUCCUGUCAUUUUUCUCCUCAUAGACCCAGAGGAGACGUUGCCGAGCCUGGUACCGUGUCCAACAGAGGUAUCUGCCAUGUGGUCCUUCCCACUAGAGCUCUUCCUCUCUUCGUGCAUACCCGCAGAGUACAGCAACAUACCAUUGUCGGACCCUACCACAGUCGACACGCACCGCGCACCACAGGAGGUGUUCCGCACAUACAGCGAUGUGCCCUGGAUUAACAGCGAACCGUACCGCCUACAUCGCUUCAGGACGCACCGGCAGCUCAUCAAGGGUCUCAGCGCAGACAUCCUCAUCGCGGCCGCGAUGCGCACGUACGGUCGCGCGGCGGCGUACACGCUCUAUGCGCCAGGCCAGCCGCCAUGGCAGGCAUGGGUUGACUACAUCGUCGCAGGCGAUCGUAGCACGCGCGUCACACGCUGGGGCGACGGAGAAAGCGGGGACAUGCUCACGAGCGCACAUGCGUACGCGACUGCCGUCGGCGUUGACGAUGCCGUGCCGCAACAGGCUGUUACUGCGAAUGACACUGCUGCACCGCGGUCUGAAGACUUAGUCAACGGGACGGAAAUAGCCAUUGUAGAAAGCUCAUGAAACCGAUAAACGAUU